CUGCUGGCGGGUCCUUCUUCCGAAGACCUCGGUUGCGACAUCGCGCACUUACUGGGCGUACCAGCGAAUCGCAUGGAUGUUGGCCAGUUUGCCGACGGCGAAACUCGAGUCCAAGUUCAAGACUCAGUCCGCGGCAAGAACGUUUAUAUCGUAAACUCUACUACAUCGUCGGAUUCUAUAAUGGAGUUAUUGCUGCUGAUUUCUACGUUAAGAAGGGCGAGUGCCAAACGGAUAAUAGCAGUGGUCCCGUACUAUGGAUAUUGUCGACAAGACGAGCGUAGGCAAGCGCGACAACCGAUUGCCGCCAAAGACAUGGCACUCAUGAUGGAAGAAAUGGGAGUUGAUCGGGUCAUUUGUAUGGAUCUACAUAAUGACUCUCUUCGUGGUUUUUUCUCUCCUUCCGUCCCCGUUGAAGAAUUGAGUGCUGGAGUGGAACAGAAGAAUGAAGCAUUUCCUAAGGUGACAAUUGUUGCUUCUCAUGAAGGGCAAGUCGGCCGAGCGACACAAUUUCGAUCCGUCUUACAACGCCUUUCAGGAGAGAAUAUUGAACUGGCCGUUCUGUCGAAAUCUCGCAUGAGACCGGGCGAAAAGCAGUACGAACCGAAAUUGGUAGGCAAUGUGAAGGGACGGAAAUGUAUCCUGGUGGACGAUAUCGUCAACACGGGUACCACGUUGGUGAGUAACGUGCAAAUGUUGAAGCAGGAAGGGGCGGAUAGUAUCUACGCAUGGGCUACCCACGGCGUUUUUGGUGCCAGUGAGCUCAACGAUGCACCGGAAAGAUUGCAAGAACUACAAGAUCUCGAUUACUUGUUAGUGAGCAACUCAGUCAGCAACCCGAGAUCGUUGCCGUCCAAGAUUCGCCUUUUAAACGUAGCGCCCUUGCUAGCUGAAGCCAUUGCCCGGGCGCUUCAUGACCAAUCUAUUAGUGGUAUUUUG